GUUGGGGCGGAAAGAGGCGACGCGAGUGGUAGCCAGGCGCGCCUUGGGAAGCGGAAGCAGGGCUUGGGUCCUCGCCCCUUGGCCCCCAAGGCUGCAGGGCAGAGACAGAGGCAGAGGCAUCUCAGCCAAGGCCACCACCACGCACGCACCCACCGCGUCCUUGCUUCUUCCCACUUUCACCCCACAGACGGAGAGACGCACGACUCACUCACUCACUCAUCGUCCUCACCACCUCACCUCGCCCGACGACGACGACGACAAGGACAGGACUCACCCGCUCACUCACUCACUCACAUACAUACCCAUCUUAUCUUUCAUACCCCUCCUCUGUCCUUGCACCACCUCCCCCUCCCACACCAACAAUGGCUCCCCCACAAAAAGGAGGCUUCUCCUGGUCCAACAUUGCCGUCGGCGCAAUCAUGAACAUGUUCGAAGUGUCCACUCUAGGUCAGCCCCUCGAAGUCAUCAAGACACAAAUGGCUUCCAACCGAUCACAGACCAUGGCACAGGCAUUGGCCACAGUAUGGUCCCGCGGUGGGGUGUAUGGAUUCUACCAGGGACUGAUCCCAUGGGCCUGGAUUGAAGCAUCUACAAAGGGAGGUGUGCUCCUCUUUACUGCCGCCGAAAUUGACAAGGUCGCAAAGGGAGCUGGCGUGGGUCCAGGAGCUGCCAGUCUCCUUGGUGGUAUGGGAGGAGGAAUCGCCCAAGCCUACGCUACCAUGGGAUUCUGCACUGCCAUGAAGACCGCUGAGAUCACCAGGCACAAGCAGGCAGCCGCUGGAGUCAAGCCGCCCGGAACCUUUACCGUAUUCAUGGACAUUUACAGGAGGGAAGGUAUCAAGGGAAUCAACAAGGGUGUCAAUGCCGUGGCCGUCAGGCAGUGUACCAACUGGGGUAGCCGGAUGGGUUUCGCUCAAUUGGCCGAGACGCCCGUGCGAGCCAUGUCGGGCAAAAAGGCUACCGACCCUCUCUCAGCCAUGGAGCGUAUCCUCUGUUCCUCCAUCGGUGGAGCCCUGGGAUGCUGGAACCAGCCCAUCGAGGUGAUCCGUGUGGAGAUGCAGUCCCUUGCCAAGGCCGAGCCCGGAUCCAACCGACCCGCCAAGCCGACGAUUAUGAACACGCUGGCUUACAUUUACAAGGAGAAUGGAGUAAAGGGACUCUACAGGGGUGUGGCACCGAGGAUCGCACUGGGAAUGUGGCAGACCGUGUGCAUGGUCGCCGGCGCUGGACACGUGAGGGCCAUGCUGGAAGCCAGGACCAAGAAGUAGAGAGGCUGCAGUCGUUAGAUGGACUCUGGAGCGAGAGCGAGAGCGAGAGCGGGAGAGGGGCCAAAGGAGCAGGAGGUUCGCAGAAUAGACUGGAGCUGCGACUGCUUGCUUGCUAGCUUGCUGGCUCUUGCUCGCUCGGUCAGCCAGUCCCCGAGUCGGCUUGCAUCUGUACUCUCAUCCACUGUGCCGCUGCCGAGCUUCCGGUAGCAGUACCGACGGCGGUUGCGGUAGCGGUAGCGGUAAUGUAGACAUACAUACAUACAUAUACAGCCCCCACAUGUAUGAUAUGAGAGAUGGAGCUGAGGAGCUGAAGAGGUGGUGAGGUGGUGAGGUGGUGGUGAGCCAGUGUCCUUCCAGGAUGUCCUAGCAGUGAGACGCCUGCACCUCGUCCCUUCCUUCCUCUCUUCCUUCCUUCCUUCCUCUCUUCGUCUGUUCGUUGCAAUCCACCUCCACCAAGUGAUCGG